AUCUGUACAUUCCAGACUCACUGAGAACAGCUAAAAAGACAGGCUUUCGAGGUUUUUUGAACACUGAAUAAUUUUGGUGCCGACUUUAUACCUUUAAAAAGUUUUAAUUUGCCGAAACUGAUACUAUUUUAAACAGGGCAGCGAAGAUAAAACUGAGAGAGUGAAGAAGUAGAGAGUCAGUCUGUCAGUCGGUAAGAGCACAGAACCAGUACAGAAAAAUGCAGGCGUUCAGACACUGCGGGCUGUGUGUGUCCAGGGGCCUUUUUCACAGCCGGACCGACUUCCUUCACAGCGAAGCAAACAUGGCUGCGAUCCGCCGAGCUGCUGCAUGCUUGAACCUAUUCAGGGGAGCGAGCAACUCGCUCUGCAGCAACAGGAAAUCAGUCCGCCAGCUGCUGCGCGCUCCCGCAGUCACACGGACAGAAGCAGCGACGUUCAGCGUUGGGAGCGGAUUGUGCGCAGUUCCCUUCGCACAGCAGGUGGAAAACCUCUCACAUGAAUCUCUCAUUCGGCGGGCAUCCUGCCUGGUCACAGACAGCGCCAACACCUACCUUUCCCAGACCACUCUGGCCCUUGUGGAUGCCCUUACAUGCUAUUCAAAGGCUUUGCACACCCUCAUUGCUCUUCAGAAGCGCUAUUUGGAUUCAAUAGGAAAACUUACACCUGCAGAGGAAGACAGCAUCUGGCAAGUCAUCAUUGGCCAGCGAGUAGAGGUUAGUGACAGGCUGGAUGAGUGCAAGCGCUUUGAGUCAAACUGGAUGAAUGCCAUCAAGAUCUGUGAGUUGUCAGCCGAGGCAGCUUACAAUUCAGGAGCGGAACAUGCAUCCGUUGCCUUAAAGACCAGCCUGCAGGUGGCGCAGUCUAAGGUGGAGGAGAUGAGGAAAAUCCGUCUGGCAGCAGAGAAGAGUCUGGCCGAGACUAAAGCUGAUGAGAUCCAGAGAAUGGCUGAGUACGCUUCCAGCAUCAACUUGCAUGACUUGGAGGAUAUACCUGAGGCCUACCUCCGCGAAGACUGAAAGGACUUCUUAGGAAGAACUGUAUUUAAGUUCGCUCAUAUAGAGCAUCGUAGUGCCCUUCAGCUGCCUGAACGCACACUGCUGGAGGAGCAUGGCUGUGGAAACCAGCGAGUUUGAAUUGUUUGAUCCAUGCUGAGGUCCUGGUUCAAAUGUAUCACGAGCUAGAAUGUAGAAUGCAUUUAUGGUUCAUUUCAAGCUGGUUCUAAGAAGGAAUCGUACAGAUUUUUGCUGUAAGGCUUAGAUUAGAUUUUGUCAUUGAAGAAAUAAUAUCUUUUGCUCAGUUAGCAUUCUAAUUAAGCCAAAAUGCUUAGUGGUGAAAAAGGCAUGACACAAUGUCUAGUCAUCUUGUUAAGUUAUGUGUCUAUUUUGUAAAGGAAAAGAAAAACACCUUGGAAAGACACUGAAAUGGAAAUGUAGGUUGGUUGGACAAGCUGAGAAUCACGUGAGAAUCGCUCAUGUUUGUGUAUUUGAACUAAUUUGAACUAAGAUGCAUUGUCAUUUGUUCAGUUGUGCACAGUUGUUUGUGAAAUAAUUAAAGAAUGGAAAUGUAUUGCUGCAACUUUGUAUGAACAAAUAAACCUUAUUUUUCUACUUA